CUCUGCAAGUCGACCGGCAGUAACAACACUGGCAACUGCGCGGGAUUAAGUGAACCACAACAUCGUUGCAAUGAGUUCUUUGGAGAUUGUGUUAAAGAUAUAAACAUGCAGGGGAAACCUUUACUGGAGUGACACCACAGCUGGGAUUACCCAGACACACAAUGACGCAGCUGUUGGUGUGUGUACUCUCUACAUUAGUGGCCACAGCUGUGGGCAAGUUUAACUGUCGUCGGGACGAGAGCAUGUGUCUCAAUGGCUCCAACUGCAACGAUGACGACGGUAUCUGUCGGUGCUCUGCACUCUACAGCGGAGUCGACUGCAGCAUCGUGGAAGCUGAAAAAGAACAAAGUCUGUGCUCAUCCGGUCCUUGUCUUAAUGGCGCCACGUGCAGCUCAGACUCGUCAACAUACAAGUGCCACUGUACGGAUAAUUACUUUGGAACAAAUUGCGGAACUUUGAGAUACAGCAUCAUCUGCGUUUCGACACCAACGCCUCGGAUGACGCUCAGGAUAACGCCGCAAGUCCCAAGUUUUAAUGGCACAAUCUUCGUUGAAGGGAAGGUCAAAACUACAGCAUGUCGCAUGGCCUUAGUAUCGGGCACGACCCAGACGUACGAGCUGACCCUCACUCACAUUCACAGCACGUGCGGGAACGCUGUCCACAACGCCAGUACCGACUCCAACACUAGGAAGUUUUACGUUUUGUUUGCCAGCAACAGCAUCGUGUUGACGUCCGACGAGGUGGUGACUGCUAUCUGCGACGACACCCACAGCACGGCAGUCACCUUCCAACUCAGCAACAUCGACAUUGACGGUAUCUUGAGUCCUGUCGGGGUGGACAUGAGCAUCAAAGAUGAAGACGUGAACCUAACGCUGACGGUAUUAGGCAGUCCCGUCUCCAGCAGCGUCAACCUGGGUGACGACAUCAACGCUACUAUAGAAAUGACGGCCGCUGGUAUGCUUAAGUUUGAGGCCCUCCGUGUCGAAGGUUGU